GUCAAGACCAAGUUGUCAUUACUUGCCGCAACUGGAGCGCGGAUGCGAAGGAUCGCGGCGGUCGGGCGGCUUCUACAUGACUGCCUCGGAUAGAUAUUGGAUCUUGCGAGGAUUCGAGUAGAAGGCAGCGGUGUGUGGUGCCUCUCCAGCCAAAAAUAGGCCAUCUGAGUCGAGGGCAACCUCUCAUGUGUGUCGCAACGGUGGCGACGACGAAACGAUCGAUGGGGGUAUCGAAGCUGCAAAAGUUCCUGGCGGCACGGCACAUUCAAACGCCGCUGGGGCCAACGACUGGCCUUGCCUCAUCCACGCGCCUCACUCUCGACUACAUCCACGACAAAAAACCAAACGCCCUGCCCGAAGUGUGGGCAACAUGCUCGGCCAGAAAACUCGGCGCCCGCGUCGACGCCGUGCGCGAGAUCCUUAAAUCCGUGGACGACGACACGUUUAUGACGCGGGAACCCGAGUCGGCGCCUAUUAGCAUCCACAUGGACGAAAUGGCGGUCGCGGCAGCGUAUGAUCAAGCAUGUCGCCUUCGCAUGCUCACAUUUGAGCCAGAUGACCACGCACUGGAACAAGUGAUUUUGAGCCGAAGUGCGUACGAUCAAGCCGUUGCGGCCGAGCGCGCUCUCCUGGCUGAAGGCGAAAAGCAGCAGUCGGUACGGGAACUCAUUACGAGCCACACGUUCAAGUGGCUACUGACGCCAUCCAAGUCGACGCUCGGCGCGAGCGGCGAACUCCGAACGGCGCCGUCCGCAAGACAGGCAUCGAUGUCCGAAUAACCUCCCGACUUGGCCUCGAACAGCACACACACUAGCGAUAGCCCUGUCUGUACCCAACUCGUUUAAUUCCUGACAUGCAAUCCAGCAUCCAUCGCGUUGGCAUCGUGCGAA